UGGUGAACAGCAGACGAUCGGACAUUUUAGAGUAUGGCUGCCACAUUGACAUAAACUCUGACGGUUGAAGGUUUAGAAACGUCUAUCAAAAUGAACAAUUUGUCGUACGUGUUCGCAUUGCUAUUUAUUGGAUUGCCAUGGAAGGCAGAGGGAAUUAUGUGGUUUCUCGAACCGAACACACAAAAAUGUUUGAAGGAGGAGUUACAGCAAAAUGUGCUCGUAACCGGGGAUUAUGAAGUAUCUCCAGCUCCCGGCCAGAAAGUGAAUUGCAUUGUACGGGACUCAAAGGGCCACAUUUUAUAUCAGAAGGAAGACAUAUCCAAAGCCAGGUUUACAUUUGUUACUGAAACAUAUGAUAUCUUCGAAGUUUGUUUUGCAUCUUAUGUCCCUCCCCAUCAGCAUGGUAUCCGCCAGGAAGUAUCCCUUGUCACAAAGCAUGGAAUCGAGGCAAAGAGUUAUGAAGCUCUUGGGGAGGCUGCAAAGCUGAAGCCCAUGGAAGUGGAACUGAAGAGAUUAGAAGAUAUGUCAGAGUCCAUUGUUCAGGAUUUCUCUCUCAUGCGUAAACGUGAGGAAGAAAUGAGAGAUACGAAUGAAUCAACAAACAGUCGUGUCCUUUACUUUAGCGUAUUCAGUAUGUGCUGCUUAUUAGGUCUGGCAACUUGGCAAGUUUUGUACCUUAGACGAUUCUUUAAGGCAAAGAAAUUGAUUGAAUAAACCUUCUCCAUAAGACCAAUUUCAUUUUGAAAAUGACUGAAACACUGGAGAGCUAGUAUUGUGGGAUUUGAGCUCUGUGUAUUCUCUGUUCUUUUGAUACUGAUCUAGAUAUAAGGAGAAAUUUGUGUUGAACUUAAGCAGAACAUGCAGGGAAAAUUUGUUCAAGUUUCCAUUGUGAUCAUUAAUAUUUAUUGUGUGUGUGUGGCUAUGUGUUCUUGUUGAAAUCCACGAGGUGCGAUGAUUGUA